AUGCCCUCCUACACCCGUUAUCGCGCUCGUGGUGGUGGUGCUCCACCCGCUACCGCACCAGGUCUGGCACAGCCAAGUGCUAGGAACUUGCGAUCAAUUCAUACAGUCUCUUUCGACUCGACCUCCUUGACUCCAACCUCUCACGCUGGACGAAAAAGCAGGCAGAUGGUAAAGCCAUCGAUGUCGAACUCAAACUCGAAUACACGCAAACAAAUUCGCCGUUCGAAUCAAGACGCAGAUGAUACUAGCGAUGAGGAAUAUCAUACUGAAGACGAAGACACCUCUGAAGAAGACUCACAUCAAAAUGAUUCGGACCCCGACAUUCAACUUCAACUCCAACCCACUUGUUCCAGCACCGAUAUUCAACCUACCGAUGACGAUGAAGAAGUUGAAGAUGAUGACCUCAUGCGACGUCUUGACAAUCAGUUUCAGCCCAUACCCGGACCAACAAAUCGGCGAGCUUCUAAUCGUAUCGAGAGACAAGGUCUUGCACGAACUACUGGCCCAAACCAACAAGAACAAGCCCCUACUGAUGGAGAACAAGUCAUAAUAUUACCGACUCUCAAUAAUUAUAAGUCCAAACUGGACAAAUGGCCACCCCAUUGUAUAGCUGUACAUGAACAAUCACAGAUCAAAAAGGGUACAGCAAAGGCUAUGCUUGCACUAAUGGGAAACAUCAGUAAAUUUACCCUUGAAAAAGAACUAGGUGAACUUGGUGGAAGACGAAAAACUGGAGGUUAUCAAUUAUGGAAAAGGUACAGUAAGGAGAUAGAUAACCAUCCAAUGCCACCUAAAGGAGUCAAAGGGAUUCUUGCCAAAAGAAACCGUGACCUUGGGAAGAUCUGGACAGCCCUUCCGGACAAACAACAUGGAAUUUUUCAUCCCUCAAUCUUUUACCGUCUUUCUGGUCUCACUCCCCCUCCUAAAGAAAAUUCCAACGACGAAGAAGAAGAUGAAGACGUGUUUCCUCUCAAUGCCACAGAGCUAGCUGAUGCUCAAGUUUUGUACAACGAGGUUGUAAAUAAAGCAAAGGUGGCCAAGGAUUUCGCAAAGGCUGCAGCUGGCAUACCUCAAGGACCCAGCUUACCCGAUUACAACCAUCAAUCACUCAAAUGUAUAGAGCGUCUUCACACUCAGUUCACCACACACAAGGAAAUGGCACUAUAUGUCAAUAAGAAAAGUAAUUUCGCCACGGUUUUUGGAGCACGAGCUCAGGGACUUUCGGUUUCGGAGGUGGUAGCUCAAACCAUCGGAGGAAAUGUGAUGAUGUCCAGCGAAAAGGCCAGGAAAACCAACCCUGGUGAUAAGGUCAAGGGCGACCUUGCUUUAUUGCUACGAGCCAUGUUCAGUGCGCUGACUGGGAAAGAAAAAGGCUUUCCACGUUGUCCUGACCCAGAAUCUCUCUUACUUUACACUUACAACAUCAAAGUAGUCCAAAUGCCCGGUUCAACCCUGCCAAAAGAUGUUUUGAAGCUAGGUUUUAAUGGAAUGAACAGCCGUAGGAGUCUGUGGCUUAGUGAUGUACAGAAGAAUCUAUUCAGAUUGGAAAAGGUGACACCUAACUCAGAUGUCGCAGAUUCAGACACCAGAGGUAACCAGUUGAAUGAGGAUCUUGAUUUUCAAGUUACGAUGACCCAGGACAAUGACAAUGACAAUGAUCUUGAACAUGAUAUGAUGGAGGCUUUUGAGGAGGAGGAGUGGAAUGGCUUCGGUGAUAUCGACAUGGAUGAAUGA